CAGCAGUGACGUGUCAAAAGCUAAGGAUGGUGUGAUUGAGCCCUUUCCUCAUUUCCUACCGUAUUUCUCGCUGUUUCCUCCGCCAUCGUUUCCUUCCGUUCAAUCCCCCCUCCUCUUCCGUUUCGUCCACUGAAAGGAAAGGAAAGGAAAGCAAACGAAACAAAGAUGAAACAAAGAACAUGGCCUACUCGAUCAGAUACCUUGCGAUUCAAAUCUCUUCCUUUAUCAAACAUCAAAGCCCUCUCUUCCCGCUCGACUACAAUCCCAUCUAUUUCUAGAUUAACAAGAUCAUCGUUUUCCUCUGAUUCUAGGGAUUUUUCCACGCUUCCUUUCGAUAUUUUAACCAAAAUCGCCGCCUCCUUCACGUUGCCAAACCUCCAAGCGGCGUCUCUUGUGUGCCGCUCAUGGAGUGAUGCGCUUCGCCCUUUGAGAGAGGCGAUGAUGUUUCUAAGAUGGGGCAAGCGGUUCAAGCACGGCCGAGGCGGCGUGCGUCCUAAUUUGGAGAAGGCUCUUGACUCCUUUUUGAAAGGCGCGGCUCGUGGCUCUACGCUUGCCAUGGUUGAUGCUGGGCUUCUUUUCUGGGAAAUGGGUCGGAAAGAAAAGGCCAUUUCCUUGUAUCGUAAAGCCGCCGUGCUUGGGGAUCCUGCUGGACAGUGUAAUUUGGGAAUUUCAUACUUGCAAGCUGAACCCCCACAACCGAAGGAAGCCAUAAAAUGGUUAUCACAAGCAUCCGUUGCUGGACAUGUUCGUGCUCAAUACCAACUUGCACUUUGUCUGCAUCAAGGUCGUGGGGUGGAUCAUAACCUACAAGAAUCUGCUAAAUGGUAUCUAAAAGCAGCUGCUGGUGGGUAUGUACGUGCAAUGUACAAUGUGGCGCUUUGUUACUCAGUUGGGGAAGGUUUGCCCCAAAGUCGCCGACAAGCAAGGAAAUGGAUGAAACGGGCUGCUGAUCGUGGCCACAGUAAAGCUCAAUUUGAGCAUGGACUUGGCCUCUUCUCUGAAGGAGAGAUGAUGAAAGCUGUAGUUUACUUGGAACUUGCUACUCGUUCUGGUGAGACAGCAGCUGCUCAUGUCAAGAAUGUAAUUCUCCAGCAACUAUCAGCAACUUCACGUGACCGUGUUAUGCUUCUUGCAGACAAUUGGCGUGCUUUGCCUUCGUGUCACUGAGUUAUUUCAAAUUAAAGGUUGUCACGCAGUAGCUUCACUGGACAAUUAAGUUUCAAGAAUCCAUGGGUCCAUGUAAUUCUCGAAAACUUGAAUUUAUUUAUCGUUGACAGAAAUCCAGUGGAAACAUGGUUGUCUUGGUUACUAUCUGCCACGACCUUAACCAUACUUGUUGGUCCCGUAAGAAUUAUCAUUAUUUGCCAUGACCUGUGCCCACAAAUUUCAGCAUCUUAUUAAUCCUCUACCGGUGCCAACUUUCCUCAUCUAUGUUGCUUAACUGGCUAAGAAAGAAAAGGCUUGAUCAAUCCCUGAGGAAAUUGCUGCACUGUGGUUUAGUGAUACAGUUUGUGGUUGCAUUUGUUCAAGGCGACGGUGACUCUGCUGAAUUUGUUUGCUGAUGGUUCCAUUUAUGGAGUGCGGUGGGUGAGUUCUGAUCAAUGCUGGUUGAUUUCUGUGUUUUAUAUUAUCAAGUUAUGAGUGGAAGUGUGAUUUGAGCAUUGUUUGAUCGAUCCACAGCCAGUACUCAUUGUUGAUCCAUGUGAAUCCCUACUCUCAUGUAAUGUCAAACUACCCUACUGUUGGAUGAAUCUCUCUCAAAAUGCCCUUUUUUUUCAAUUCUAUUUUAUCCUGGCCUAUUUGAUAAAAACUGAUGAAAUCCCUACUCUCAUUGUGAAUUUUUCUAAUGUUCAAUAUAUGUCACUAUUUUUUAUUUUAUCA